CCGUAUCCGUGUCCGUGUCCCAAAUCGGAAUACGAGCGCCAAACCGAACUAGAAAACCCGACAACCCGAAUGCUACGGACAAUUGCUGUUUCAUGUCCCCAUUGGGACGCACUCGCGUGGCAACAAUCGUCCAGUUCGGAGCACACGCAGCUGCUGCAACGGCAGUUGUACAUCUAGAUAUAUAUAUAUAUAGAGAUAAAUAGUAAACAUCAUUGUAGAAGGGAAGGAUAUAGAGAGUGUAGGAAGGUAGCCUAUUGGUUGUGAGGAACAGGAGUACCACUGACAGGAAGUCCAUCAUUCAAUUUUGUUAGCUGGGGCGAACGCAGUAAGUUGAUUUUGCACUUGCAACAAGUUAAGGUGGCUGGCUGGCGGGUGGUACGUGCUUUCCAGCGAGCUGACCUUGGCCUAGUUGCAGCCUUAAUUGCAUUUGCCGUCAUCGAGUUGCCGUCAGCUAAUGGUGGAGGAGGUUAGUUGUUUGAAACAGAGGGGCAUUGUGGUCGCCAUGCCCAGCCAGGUUGCAACGAGCACCGGAAAUCCACAGCAUCAAGCACAACAACAACAUCAGCAGCAGCAGCAAUCACAACAACAUAAGCAGCAACAGCAGCAGCACCAGCAGCAGCAACAUCUUCAGCAGAAGCAGCAACAGCAGCAGCAACAUCAACCAACACAGCAGCAGCAAUCGCAGGCACAUCAGCAACUCCAGGCUCAUCAGCAGCAACAUCUCCAUCAGCAACAGCAGCAGCAACACCACCAUCAGCAGCAGCAGCAACAGCAACAGCAUCAUCACCAGAAACAACACCAGCAACUCACCAGCAACAUGAGCAUGCUGUCCGUGAAGGGAAGUCGCUAUUUGUGGACCGAUCGGGAGCUUCUAAUGCACUUGCAGAACUACACUCCGUUGAUACUACUGAUCGACUUUGUGGAGAAGACUCGGACCAAGCGCUUCUACGAGAGCUCCGAGCGCUACGAGAUCCUCAUGCUGGUCUUCAUCAUGCGGAAGGGGGCGCCGUUCUGCGAGAACAAACGCUUUCCGGCGGAGUACUGGGUGAAUCUGUCGGUGGGACCGAUUGCCGAGGCAUUCGAUCGGCUGCAGGCCGCCAUCGACAUACCCGAUCCCCAGCUGCCGAUCCAUAUGAGCGUCACGGAUCUGACCAGCUGGAAGCAGAUGUUCGACCUGGCCAUGCUGGACAUCCGUCGCUUCGCCUACUACACCGAUCCAUUGCAGCUGGCCGAUGCCGGGGUCUUCAAUCGGAUCACAUUCGAGCAGCGAUUCGGGAUGCAGUGGCAGGAAUGAGUGGCACUGGACAAAGGGAUUGAUACAGGAUACCAACUAUAGGUUACUCGAGCACGGCCCAGAGCCAAAAUGAAACGAAAAACAAUGAAAACCAAAAAGUAUUAAGCACAAAAUCACACACACACGUCCCAGAACUGUAGGGUAGGUCGGUAAUAGUUCAAGAAUAUUAACUUUAAUUUAAGCAUUUUUGUCGUAAUUUUAACAGAAUAUGUUCUCCAGCCAACGAAAAAGUGAAAGUAGACUUUUCAUUUAUUAGCAACAUACACUUAAUAUGCUUUAAAAUAGCUCUUAUAUUAAUAUAUAAACUAAAUGAUCU